AGACAGGCUGCAGCCGGGGCAGUUACACGUUUUCCCCCCAGGAGCCUCCAUCCUUCCUCGUCACGGGCUUGGGGUCGAGACAGAGCGGUGACCAUGGCUAGGCUGGCGCUGUCUCCCAUGGCCAGCAACUGGCUCAUGGCGUUGCUGCUGCUCCUUUCAGCAGGUGAGGCGGUGCUAUCAACCAACCACAAGGACCAGGCCACAGAAAGCCCUUGUUCCCAGAUCUGGCAGUCCCCACGUUUUGUGGCCAAGAAACGAGGCUUUGAGGUGGAAAUAAGGUGCCAUGCAGAGACCUCGGGCACAGUGAGCUGGCUCCGGAAGCAGGAGAGGAACGACCCCAGGCCACUGACUGAGGACAGGGGCCGCAUCCUAAAGACCAAGAAUGGAUCCAUCCACACCCUCACCAUCCGAAGCAUCCAAUAUCAGGACAACGGCAUCUACUACUGCCAGUGGAAUUGCUCGGAGACGUCCUCUGUGCGGGGCUGUGGCACCGAGCUGCGAGUCAUGGGGUUCAGCACUGUGGCACAGUUAAAGCGGCGGAACACACUGAAGGAUGGCAUCAUCAUGAUCCAGACCCUGCUCAUCAUCCUCUUCAUCAUCGUGCCCAUCUUCCUGCUGCUGGACAAGGAUGACAGCAAGACUAGGAUAGAGGAAGAUCACACAUACGAGGGCCUGGACAUUGACCAGACAGCCACCUACGAGGACAUAGUGACUCUGCGGACAGGGGAGGUGAAGUGGUCAGUGGGUGAACACCCAGGCCAGGAGUGAGGGGUUGGCCAUCCCCAUGCCCCUCGGCACAGCCUGCUGGGCCCUCAUGGACUGCUUCAGAGCCGCCUGGCUCCCAGCGCAUCCCUUUAUCCUUGGACCCCCUAUCGGCCUCCAAAGUUGGCCCACCAGAUCUGCCUGCCCCUCCAGCCUCUGGUCCCCAGCUCUUGCUGAAGGGACUGGAGUGGAAAGGCCACAGGGCAGUGAUUUGGAGCAGGGAGUUCUCUGGGGAUAGACUGGACCCAGCCUUCCAGGGGUGCUAUGCGGAAAUCCAUCCUGCAUUCAGGACAGGGCAGGCAGAGACUUGUCUGGAACCUGCAAAUGGACUCAGAGCAGACUGCCUUCCUGUAGAGCCUGGGAAGGGCCACAGCCCGCCCCUACUUGGCCACAGAUGGGCCGUUGAGAGCUUCAUCCCUCUCCCACUCUUUCCUCCCCUCUCCCACCCUCUCCCACCCCAGGGGGCUGCUAGCCUUGAGCCCGUUCUCCUAUGGAAUAAACAACGUGUCUUGAGAAACCACA